UUAUAUCCAUAUGCUGAAAGAACAACACAUUGCGAGAAUGGUGUGCGUGCAAGCCUGGCGGAUAGCUCAUCAUCAGUCAGUCAGUGCUCACUGUCAGUCAGCUUAACGGAGCUGCUGCCAGAGGAAGAGAAGUAUCUAUCGUUUGCACACACUGCUGUAGUGGGUACUCUGCUGCUCCUGCUGCUGCUACACAAGUCGCGAUGCGGUGUUAUUAUUAAAUUAGAGGAAAAUUUGGGAUUCUGGACUUUGGUGGAACAUCUUGGAACGGGAUUACGGUGCAAUAGAGGUAUUCGGUUGCGUGUUCGAGGGGUGUUGUUCAGGAAGAGUGUUGGCAAGAAGGAAAUUAGGGGUGUGAAAAAGGCCACCUUCGCGUAGAAUGCCGUAGGACGGGGAAGAUAUAUAGAGAAUGACCUGCUGGGGAAUUUUUCUUCUGCUUGACUCGUCACGACGGAAAAAAUAAUCGGCAGAGAAAUUAAAACGGAAGGUGCUAAAUUUUUGCGUGGUUUUUGCCCUCGGUUCGUUGGGUGCUUGAAGAUAGUGUCUGGGGCUGCUGAAGAAGCGAGUAGUGUGUAUUGUGGAAUGGAGUCUUUGCGUUAAAGAUCUAUGCUGAAGUGGCGAAGAAAGAUAUCUCUAAGAUACGCAGCAUAGGGGAAUCUAGAAGAGUGUGAUUGCGCCUGGGAAGGCCAGCUUACAAGGAAGGAAGUUGUUUUUGUUAUUGUUGCAUAGUUGUUAAAUAUUGAUUGGUUGGUGUCCGAAGACCUGUUUGGAAUACUGCAAAUACCUAUUGCAUCGACACACGACCGCAAUACGGCUAUGGCGAGUCACGCAGAAUAUGGAUAUCUACCCGGAGCUGAUGAACUGAAUAACGAGGAAGGAGCGUGUUGUCGCCUGCGGAUAAAAGUCAUCGCUGGACAUCAGUUAGCCAAAAAAGACAUCUUCGGUGCUAGUGACCCGUACGUCCGGAUCGACCUGAACACCAUCACCGGCGACGAAAACAUCGACUCGGUGCUGACGAAAACCAAAAAGAAAACCCUGAACCCCAAAUGGAACGAGGAGUUCAUCUUCCGGGUGAAACCGAACGAGCACAAGCUGGUGUUCCAGGUGUUCGACGAGAACCGGCUGACGCGGGAUGAUUUCCUGGGGAUGGUGGAGCUUCCGCUGUCGCAGCUACCGAAGGAGUCCGACGAGGACGGAGUUCAGGUGCCAAUCAAAAGCUAUCCGCUGCGGCCUAGAAGGUCAGUAGGCGCUCGAUCAAAGGUGCGAGGACAGCUGGAUCUGUACCAUGCCUACAUCCAGGAUCAGAAUGCAUCCAACGAAUCCCAGUUGGACUGGGAAAUCAUCGAAUCGAAUAGUUCAAUCUCUAGUAAUUCUAACAUCGCCAACAAUGCAGCAGACACACUUCCAUCCGGAUGGGAAGAACGGCAGGAUGCCAACGGACGCACCUACUACGUGAACCAUUUGCAACGGACGACGCAAUGGGAGCGACCAACUGCCACCUUGAGUCAAUCAUCACAGGACAACGAUAUGGCGGCCGCCUUCCAGAGACGAGUUCAUAUCAGCGUUGACGACAACAUCACGGAUAACGAAAGUGCGAGCACCGACAACGAUUCGAUCUGUUUGACGAACGACGAAGCCGACGGCGAUGAAGAAGUGAUCAGCGAUCGAGCGUCACGAUCUCCAUCGGCCGGUGAUGGAUCGGUCUUAUCGCGUCGUGAAACGGUCGAUUUGCAGUCUUCGCUCGUGCUGGAUGAGCAGCCGGAACUACAGGAAGAGGAGGAGGAAGAGGAUGUUGCAGCGGAAGCAGCGCAACAAGAUGAGGAAAUCGGAAUCGAUGCGCUCAGCAUCGAUCUCGAGGACGAAGAUCAAGAGGCAAGCAAUGCAAGUCUUGCAUCAACCCUACGAUCGACUACGUCCCUGAACAAUUCGGUAAGCUCUCUUGGUGUUGCGUCUGCUGGGUCUCCAGAAGCGUUGAAAAUCAAUGCAAGCAACGGUGAAGAGUCGGAAAGGAGUGCUGUAGUGUUCCGUUCGGAAUCGCUGCGAUCGCUACCGACAAUACGAGUCAGUUCUCCACCGCAUCUGCCAGCAGCUCUGGUCAGGAGUCCAAGCCGGGUAGCUUCUGUAGCGAAUCCUACCCUGACUGGAGUUAGUCGAAGACGAAGACUUCCGCCGAUGGUACCAAUGAUAAUGCCACGACAGCCUUCCGUGGAUGAACAGCAUCUUGAAGAGGAAGAGGAAGAAGCUCCUCCGUCUCCGCAAGAAGUACUUCAAUUCGGUGAAGACGAUCAUGAGGACUUGGAUCAUGCGGUGCAGAAUCGUGUCUUGCAGCAUCUGAACGAAAGCAGUCGACGUUCGUCGAGCCGAUCAUCUAUUGGGAGUGCGGGUAGUGGCGGAGUUCAUGGUCGAGCUAUUGGAGACGCCGACGAAGCGGAUAGUGGAGGAGGCGGCCGACGAUCAUCUACCAAUAAUAAUAACGACACAAGUGAUGAUCGUUCAUCGCGAUCGUCUACAUCCAAUGAGAAUGACUCUUCCAGUAGCAGUCCUGCCGGAGCAGAUGUGGUAUUACCAGCAGGAUGGUCAAUGCAGCUAGCACCGAACGGAAGAGUGUUCUUCAUAGAUCACAAUGAGAAGAAGACUUCCUGGGUGGACCCAAGGACGGGUCGGGCCAGUCCGAUGCCAAAUGCGUCCAGCAGUUCGACUGUGAGCGAUUCAAGACGCCCGGAAGAUGGGUUAGCUCCAUUACCAGAAGGAUGGGAGGAACGGGUGCAUUCUGACGGACGGACCUUUUUCAUCGAUCACAAUACCAGAACUACACAGUGGGAAGAUCCACGCUUGUCGAUGCCAAACAUUGCUGGUCAGGCAGUACCUUACUCGAGAGAUUACAAACGGAAAUAUGAAUAUCUGAAGGGUCAACUUAGGAAACCGGCCAACGUCCCCAACAAGAUCGAAAUCAAGGUCCGACGGGUGUCGAUCCUGGAGGACUCGUACCGUAUCAUCAACUCCAUCACCAAAACGGAACUGCUCAAGACCAAACUGUGGAUUGAGUUCGAAGGCGAAGCCGGGCUGGACUAUGGCGGUCUGGCGCGGGAGUGGUUCUAUCUGCUGUCCAAAGAAAUGUUCAAUCCGUACUAUGGGCUGUUCGAGUACUCGGCCAUGGAUAACUACACGCUGCAGAUCAACCCGUUCAGUGGGCUGUGCAAUGAAGAUCAUCUACACUACUUCAAAUUUAUUGGAAGGGUUGCCGGGAUGGCUGUUUACCAUGGGAAACUUUUGGAUGCAUUCUUCAUUCGGCCGUUCUACAAGAUGAUGCUGCAGAAGCCAAUCGAUCUCAAAGAUAUGGAAUCUGUUGAUAUGGAGUAUUACAAUUCGUUGCUCUGGAUCAAGGAGAACGAUCCGAGUGAGCUGAUGUUAACGUUCUGUGUGGAUGAGGAGACUUUCGGGUACACUAGUCAACGGGAGCUUAAGCCUAAUGGGGCCGAUAUUGAAGUCACGAAUGAGAAUAAGGAUGAAUACAUUAAGCUAGUGAUCGAGUGGCGCUUUGUUGCCCGAGUUAAAGAUCAAAUGUCGGCCUUCUUGGACGGGUUCGGCCAGAUAGUUCCACUGAACUUGCUGAAAAUUUUCGAUGAGAACGAACUUGAGCUUCUGAUGUGCGGCAUUCAAAGUAUCGACGUCAAGGACUGGAAACGGAAUACUCUCUACAAGGGUGAUUACUACGCCAAUCAUGUCAUCAUUCAGUGGUUCUGGAAGGCAGUUCUAUCGUUUUCGAAUGAGAUGCGGUCGAGAUUGUUGCAGUUUGUCACAGGUACGAGUCGUGUGCCAAUGAACGGAUUCAAGGAGCUGUACGGAUCCAAUGGACCGCAGAUGUUCACGAUCGAGAAAUGGGGCACGCCGGAAAACUAUCCGAGGGCGCAUACUUGUUUCAACCGCCUGGAUCUACCACCGUACGAAAGCUAUCUGGCGCUGAAGGAUCGACUGAUCAAAGCUAUCGAAGGCAGUCAAGGAUUCGCAGGUGUGGACUAAGGGAAGCAUUAUCCGUGUAAAUAUCGUUAAACUGACAAUCCACUGGAAGAGCCAACAUUCCUCUGGAUACGCCGCAGCUUGAAUCCACAGUUUCCUCAACGGUAGCUCCAACAUAUUUAGAGAGAUGUAUAGUGCCGUCUCGAAUUCCGUCGCUUCAAUAGUUUUUCAAGACAUGACAAUCUACGAUGACACCCAUAGGCAAGUACACAUCCAGACACUAACGAUCAUCGCUACGAGGAGAAAUCCUCCUACUCUGCUGCCACACCCCGAUACAAUUUUUACCGCGCCAAAAAAUCUCUUAGUGAAGAGUGAGUUCCCCUUUUUUGAUCGUUGUUUCGUGUUAGUUGAAACUCAUAAAGGAAGCAAAUCAAUUUUACAAGACUUAUUUGCCUUAUGCACUUGCACUGUUUGAUCGCUUUAGAGAAAAUUUUAAACAUUUAGCUAACGACAAAAUUUGAACGACUCAUAUACGCGCGUUUUAUUCCUUGUAAAAAAAACACAAAACCAAGGCAAUUGUUAUCUGUUGAUUGUUUGAUCGUUAUCCUUCCUGACCGAGAAGAGCGGAUUCGUUCGUUCGAUCUUAUAAUAUCUUCAUCCGUAGUUGAUGCUGUUGAGAAUCCGAUGCUUUCCAUUUCCCACAUCUAGUUGUCGAAUCAAAAACAAAUAGGAAAAUGUUACUUAAGCUGCUAGAGCUGUUAUCGCGAAACCACUUAUUUAUUUAGGUGAAAGACAAAAUGGAAAAGAAGAAUAAAUAUGCAUGUUUGAAUCGGAAGGGUAUGUGACAGGAUAUCUCGGACGGUCACCGGGGACGACGCAUCCUCUGGAACGAUAGAAUUGAUGGAAGGAAACGAGGACGAGAUUAAGUUUAGUGGGGCUAUUUAUAUGGAAUCAAAGAAAUACUACAUAGCUAAAUAUUUUCAAAGUAUUUUUAAUUCUUAUGACAGAGUAAUAUUGUAAAGCAUUACAUUGAAACUGACA